GUUACUGGUCAUUUGGAUGACUGCACCUGUGAUGUAGAAACCAUCGAUGCCUUCAACAACUACAAGCUUUUUCCUAGACUGAAUGAACUGCUGGAAAGUGACUAUUUCAGAUACUACAAGGUAAACCUAAAGAAACCUUGUCCUUUUUGGAAUGACAACAGCCACUGUGGGAUAAGAGACUGUGCUGUAAAGCCCUGCCCGUCUGAUGAAGUCCCUGAUGGGAUCAGGUCUGGAAGUUACAAGUAUUCGGAAGAAGCCAAUAACUUUGAAGAAUGUGAAGAAGCCAAGAGACUUGGAGCUGUUGAUGGCUCUUUGAGCGAGGAAACGCAGCAGGCAGUGCUCCAGUGGACACGGCACGACGACUCUUCAGACAGCUUCUGCCAAGCUGACGAUAUCUAUUCUCCUGAUGCCGAGUACGUGGAUUUACUCCUGAAUCCUGAGCGCUACACUGGCUACAAAGGACCAGAUGCCUGGAAGAUCUGGAACAGUAUUUACGAAGAAAACUGCUUCAAGCCUCAGAAUGUAAAAAGACCUUUGGCAUCUGGUAGAGUAGACAAUGGAGGGCAGACGUUUUACAAGUGGCUGAAAGGUGUCUGUGUAGAGAAACGAGCUUUCUACAAACUCGUUUCUGGUCUCCAUGCAAGCAUCAACAUCCAUUUGAGUGCCAGGUACCUCUUACAAGAUACGUGGUCAGAGAAGAAAUGGGGCCCCAACGUUACAGAGUUCCAGCAGAGAUUUGAUGAAGUCCUCACCGAAGGGGAAGGUCCCAGAAGACUGAAGAACCUCUAUUUCCUCUACCUGAUAGAGCUGCGGGCCCUAUCCAAAGUACUGCCGUUCUUUGAGCGCCCAGGUUUCCAGCUCUACACGGGGAAUAAAAGUCACGACACGGAAAUGAAGAACAUGUUGCUGGAGAUCCUCCAUCUGGCCAAGUCUUUCCCACUGCAUUUUGAUGAAAACUCAUUAUUUGCAGGGAAUAAAAAGGAGGCUGCUAAACUCAAGGAGGAAUUUAGGCUACACUUUAAGAAUAUUUCUAAGAUAAUGGACUGCGUUGGCUGCUUCAAAUGUCGCCUGUGGGGGAAGUUGCAGACACAGGGCUUGGGUACAGCGCUGAAGAUUCUCUUUUCUGAAAACCUGAUAGAAAAAAUACCUGAAAGUGGCCCUUCCUAUGGUUUCCAGCUGACAAGACAAGAAAUUGUGGCCUUAUUCAAUGCUUUUGGAAGGAUUUCAACAAGUGUCAGAGAACUGGAAAACUUCAGGAACAUCUUACGAAAUAUGCGGUGAAUUCACAGGAAAAAGA